AUGGAGAAUACAAGACUUGAUGUCAACACACUUCUCGCAGCCACGGCCCCAGAUGCCAAAAAAGCCAAGCUAGCAGCGCCUGCCCCUUCCACAACCAGUGUCUUUGACUUUGACGGUGAGCCCGAACCAAGCUCUACCGGCCAGCAGCUUAGUCGGAGGCGUCGACAUGGGAGCCGAGAACUUCAGCGCACCACUUCGCGGCGCCGAGCAAGCACAAGAGGCACGUCAGAGGCACUGCCUUCCGCCUCUUCGACGCCUACGCGCCGACGACGGGGUACCGCUGUCGCUCCGGAAAGCUCCACGAUGGCGGCCUCGGUGUCAUGGGCUACCUCAGCCACUCCCGAGCCGAAGAAGGUCGAUGCAACGCCACUGAACCUGCCAUCCAGCUCGCGCUGGCGGCCGCAUCCAGAUCCCGAGCUGAGUUCAGUGAGCCCAGCCACCUCGAUGUCGUCAACUGCGGUCACAUCCCUGGACCUGCCCUCGCCCCUCACCUCACCGCGUAGCCGACGUGCUGCAAGGCCUCGAAACCCAACAACGCCAGGUCGAAAAAGCACGGCAAGCCCUCGUACCCUCGAUCUGUUGUCCCCCGUUGCUUCGGCCGCUAUCUCCGGGCGACCAGCCAGCAGCACACCCAGGCGCCACGCUCGCGCGGCCAGGCAAGAUGCGGCUGCAGCCAACCCUGCUUCGGCACGCAAGGCCCAGCGGGGUUUGCCGCUUGGUCGCAAGAACCCUUCUGCCAUGCUCGAGGUCAUACGCCGGCAAAAGGACAUGAUUGCCGCUGUCAAAGACUUUGAGUUUGCCACUUCCUGA